AUGGUAUCAACAGACCAAUCUCCUGAAAAUAUCCUUGAGAAUCAUGGAAAGCCACCAAAUCAUUAUUCAGCUGAUAUUGGCAAGACAUCAAAGUAUCCAAUUGUGAAUCAUGUAUCCAAUGAGAAGAUGUCUGAACCACUCAAGGCCUUUGUGCAUCAGUUGUCUGUUAUUCAUAUCCCAUCCAAGGUUGCCGAAGCAUUAAAGAUCCUAAGUGGGUUCAAGCUAUAA